CGUAAAUAUUGUGACUUGUGUGUUACGGAAAUGAGGUGACAACCUGCUCAUGAAUUUCACGAGGAACGGAUGAAAUACGGUUUGGUGGAAAGGUUGCUGUUCAGCUGAUGAGGGCUUGCCUGGUCCGCCCUGUGUGUCACCCUCCGUUACCAUGGCAACACCAUAUUAUCCCACAUUCCUGGUCCUUCUUUUUGUUUCCUCCAUCAGUCUCUUACUUCUAACUCUCCUGCCCGCUGUUUCCCCAUCUACCUCAUCUCCUCCGUCCCCUUGGCCGUCACCUUCCUGCGGCAAGGGUCAGUCCUGGGCCGUCCGACUCCAUUCGGGCCCACAUCAUGAGGAAGAAGACAGGGAAUUGAGCUCUGUGCACCUGGAUGGGAUAGCAAACAGGGUAGCAGAGCAGGCUGGGUUGAAGAACCAGGGCCAGGUUGGACAGCUGAAAGGCCACUACCUGCUGUGUUCUGAUAAACCUGGAUCUGUAGCUAGUAUUUGGAGCAGGAGUCUCCGGCCUGGUGACAUCCUGGCAGCCCACCCUCAUGUCCUGUGGUACUCUCAGGAGCGAGUGCUGAGCCGUUCUAAGAGAUCAAUGGCCUUCAACGACCCCAACUACCCUAAGCAGUGGCAUCUGCACAAUUCCAAAAGUAAAGGCAUGGAUAUCAACGUAACAGGGGUGUGGGAGCGCAACAUCACUGGCCAAGGAGUCACAGUGGUGGUGAUAGAUGACGGGGUGGAGCACACCCACCAGGACAUCCAGUCCAACUAUAGUCCUGAGGGCAGUUAUGACUUGAACUCCGAUGACCCUGACCCCAUGCCUCACCCAGACCCCCACAGCGACAACCACCACGGGACGCGAUGUGCCGGAGAGAUCGCAGCCGUUCCCAACAAUAGCUUCUGUGCUGUGGGGGUGGCCUAUGGCAGCAAGGUGGCCGGAAUCAGAGUCCUGGAUGGCCCACUGACAGACAGCCUGGAGGCCAUAGCCUUCAACAAGCACUACCAGAUCAACGAUAUUUACAGCUGCAGUUGGGGUCCAGAUGAUGAUGGAAACACUGUGGAUGGACCCCAUCCUCUGGGCAAGGCGGCGCUGCAGCACGGGGUGAUUGCAGGCAGACAAGGCUUCGGCAGCAUCUUUGUGGUUGCUAGCGGAAACGGAGGUCAAUAUAACGACAACUGCAACUAUGACGGCUACGCCAACUCCAUCUACACCAUCACUAUCGGUGCGGUCGAUGAGAAAGGAAAAAAGCCCUUCUACGCUGAAGAGUGUGCCUCCAUGCUAGCUGUCACUUUCAGCAGCGGGGGAAUCAAGCUGAGGAGCAUUGUGACGUCAGACUGGUCCAUGCUGCAGGGGACCGGCUGUACGGAGGGCCACACUGGCACGUCUGCUGCGGCCCCCCUGGCGGCAGGAAUGGUGGCCCUCAUGCUUCAGGUCCGUCCCUGUCUCAGCUGGAGGGACGUGCAGCACAUCAUCACCUACACCGCCACCAUGUGUGACAAUAGUGCAGACUGGAGGACGAACGGAGCUGGUUUCAACCACAGCCACCAGCAUGGUUUCGGUGUGCUCAAUGCAUGGAGGCUCGUCAACGCUGCUAAGGUAUGGGAGUCAGUGCCAUUUCUUGUGUCAUAUCAGAGCUCAGUAAUAAAAGAAGAAAAUCUCAUCCCAGCUUAUCCCGGCGAGAUGAACCACACCUGGAAAGUCUCUGCUGCUGACCUGAAACAUUCGGGAAUGAAGACACUGGAACACGUGGCCGUUACCGUGACGUUGACCAACCCCUGCCGUGGCAAUGUGGAAAUCGUCUUAGUCUGCCCCAGCAAUAUGACGUCAGUAAUCGGGGCACGCCGCGCCACCGACAGAGACUCUUCUGGCUACCAGGAAUGGACUUUCUCGACUGUGCGCUGCUGGGGAGAGGAGGCUGAAGGCCAGUACACCAUCAAGAUAUCUGACCACAAGGAGCCAUCACUUGAGAAGUGUGCCACUCUGGGGCUCUUGAAGCAGUGUCAGUUGACUCUGUAUGGUUCCUCUAUGACUUUCAGCGAAGUCAAGGAGAGACAGAGGCUGGUGGAAGAUGCUAUGAGUGGAAAGUAUCUGGACAGCAGCUACUCUCUGCCAUGUCCUCCAGGCCUGGACAUCCCUCCAGAUAUCAUCAGCCCCUUCAGCUCCAACAACCUCAAGUUCCUGCUGUUGCUGGGCUGCUUUGCUCUUUUCUGGUCGCUCUACUACACACUGGAGGUCACGCUGACCCAAAUGGACCUCAGGGGCCUCCUCUGCCUGCGGAAGAGACGGGGACAGUGCCACCGGGCCAGGGGAGGGCGCCGGGGGAGAGGAGUGGAAGAGGCAUUGCUAGAGGAGGAGGAGUGUAGGGAGGAAGAGGAGCAGGACACCAGGGUGGAGUUGCAUGCAGUGUUGGCAAACGAGACCAAAGUGCCGCUUUUAAAUGGAGAGCGGACAGCAAUAUAGCAUUGAGCCAAACAAUGGGGCUAUAACUAGUCCCUCUCUUUGCUCAUUGGACGUCUCAGGCUCUCACUAUCUUCUCCAAACACACUCAGCCUCUAGCCAACUUUAUCAGUGGUGUGCUGCAGAUGUUGACUUUUGUCUGUAUUCUCCAAACACGUGGCCUUUUAUCAAAAUCUUUGUUUUGUGGCAUUAGAGUACGAGUUGGGCAGUGGGUGUUCUUUUGCACCUGUCAUAAUAACUUAUGUCCUUUUUUUGAGGACAAUCGUUUUAAAUUGGGGAUAUUUAGCUGGUCCUGGGGUUACAUUUCCCAUCAGGAUUAGGUUGGGGUUAGAGUAACGGUCAUGCAUGAACUGGAAAGGGACCUUAUAUGGUUUAAAGGAAUUCUUCACCUACAAAAAGACCAUUUACUUUCAAGUUAAACAAAAAUCAAAGAACUGAGAAAAGUCUUGAUGAUUUAAGUAAAUUGGGGCCACAUCAGAACAUCGGUUUACCCAACUCCUAUUUAACCAGUGGUAUGCUUACUACUUCUCAAACACAUCAGUUUUUGUAAGACGUUACUAUUUAAAACACUCCCUAACAGUCUAAGCCUUGCACAGGCGCAGUACUCAUUGUGCAAGUCUGAAGUGUUUCAAAUGCUGCCCCUUUUUAGUUAAAUUCAUCAAGACCUUUCUGUCUAGCAAAACUCAAGGUAACACAGGGUGAGUAAUUGAUAUAGUAUUAUAAGGUUGAAGUGUUCCUUUAACGUGUCGGUGUAAUUGCAUGUUUGCAUGCGUGAAAAGGUAUACAGGAAUGUCUGUGUACAUUGGUUCCCAAAGAAGAACCGAGCUUAGACGGGUGGGAUAUACUGUACUUCAAGUGGGCAUAUCAAACCAAGAGAAACAUGGGUUGUUUUAAAAAUGUGAUAUGCACUUUAGGAAUGUGCAAAUAGUCUGUAUGUGUGUGUGUGCUCUGUGUGUAUGUUGUUACAUUAGUGGGUGUGUUUGUUAUGGUCUUGACUGGAAAAGGUGUCCUCAAAUGUGAGGCUCCAUGAGAUUGCUGAUGAUUUUUUAAGAAUAAGAUUUAUUUUCUGAGGUGUUAUUUGACGUAUCUUAUUUUUAAGCCUGGGGUUAUUGUCUGCUGGUUAUAACCAACUACUGAUAAAAACUUGAAGUGGGAUUUUCAAGUGUGGGAUUUGUAUAGGUAUUUUUUUAUAAAGUGUAAUAUAUACACAAUGUGUGCCUGCUGUACAGAUAUAUAUAUAUCAAGUGUGUUUGAUGAUUUAUACACAUUGUUUUGUAAGAAUGUAUUAAAGAGUUCUAAUUUUAUAAUGUAAGGAUUAUUUUGAGGGAAGUUGGAAACUGUUUUGCUGUGCAAGUCACAGGUGAUCUGAAUGAUAAUAAAAACUUGAAGAUAAAUCCUCUGAGAUAACUGACACAGUUAAAGAAUUAUUAACGCACUUUUAGAAUCAGUGACACUGAUUAGGAUAUAAUUAUGUGGUUUUGACAUAAUUAUGAAGUGACAUAUUGAGUUUUUUUGUUCAACAACAAAUCUAAUGUAACAUGUCCACAUUGCAAUCCCUAAAACCACACUGCCAGCAUGCCAUAGCAACUUUAAGUGGGGGGAAAAAAUAAAGGCUAUCUAUGAUAUUUUUGAAGACUGUAAAAUACCCAAAGUGGCAUAACGUUACUCUACCAGAAUCUAAUCUUUAUUUUUUUUUAAUAAAGUCUGGGUUAAAACCUUCGGUAACAUAUCUGUAUUAUCAAGAAUUA